AUGGAUUUCUUCAAUCAGAACAAGCAGGUCGCUGCCUUACUCCGGGCCUCCAGCGUCGGUGCCCGCAACACUGAUGCUUACAACCCCGAGAUCAUCGGUGCGCGCAACGCUGGUGUUCACAACGCUGGUGUUCACAACGCUGGUGUUCACAACGCUGGUGUUCACAACGCUGGUGUUCACAACGCUUACAACAUCGGUGCCUCCAACGUUGACGCCAACAACGCUGGUGUUCACAACCCCGUGAUGAUCGGUGGCUAUAACAGUGAUGCCAACAAUGCUUACGCCAACGAUCAUUACCUUUCAUACAAGCAGAUUUGGGACACCAUUCUGGUCGACCAGCUCAGUCCCUUCUCUCAGGUUAUCAACAUUCCGAUCAACAACUUCAACGAGUGGGACGAUGCCGGAAAGGAAAUCAUCAAGGACCUCGCUACUGAGGUUUUCUCUUACGGUCGAAACGUCAUGGUCCACGUCAUGUACGUACGAGAUGCGCCCGCCCAUGCCGCCACCAAAGUGUACCUGGGUCCUACGAACGAGUUCCUCCAGAGUACUAGCAAGGGCUACGUUUUGGUGAACGGUGACGACGCCAUCCCCUACCUGGCGCAAGGUACCACGCAAUCUCUUAGUCAAUUGGAACCACAGCAAAACGCAAUGGCCGGUUUCAACCCGCGUACUCCUUCGUUCAGUCAGGCGAACUUCGAGUUCAACCCCCCGUCCGGAUCUCCUCAAUACCCGGUCCUUGCUCAGCCCGCCGAAGUUGAGGUCCAGUCUCUCACCGCCUCGAAGGGUCCUGGCAAGAAGAGUCUUGCGCCGCUUCCCUCCAGCCUUGCGAAGAGGGCUGCUCCCAAGGCUCAAACCCAGGGAGGGAAGCGGCGCAAGACGGUUAGGAACCCGGACCUUACCAAUGAUCUUGACAACACCGGGUCUCUACAUGUGCUACCGGCCUAG